AUGGUCACGCACAACGAAGAGCACGAGGCAAUAUCGUCGCCAAGCAGCUCGAGUCCUUCAAAGCGUGACGGUGAUGAAGAGAAAGCCCAGGAAGCUCCUCAUUCCUUUCUCGUGGAAUGGGACGGUGACAAUGACCCUCUCGACCCGCGUACCUUUUCGCCGUUCAGGAAAUGGUUCUACGUGAAUGGAGUGGCCAUGGGUUCUCUAAUGGUGACUUGCACCUCUUCCCUGUACACCAUGACCUACGAUCAGCUCAUGGACGAGUUUGGUUGCUCUCUCGAAAUCUGCAACCUCGGACUGUCGCUGUACCUGAUUGGCCUGGCUCUGGGACCUCUUCUCUUUAGCCCAAUGUCGGAGUUCUAUGGACGCCGCCCAAUUUACCUCACCUCGACCUUUUUCUUCCUCAUUUGGUUGAUUCCGUGCGCCGUCGCCCAGAACAUUCAGACUCUCCUGGUAGCACGCUUCCUGGGUGGUCUUUCCGGAAGCGCAUUCCUUGGUGUCGCUGCCGGGACUGUGGUCGACAUGUUCAUCCCUCAACAGCUCCUGGUUCCAAUGACAGUUUUCACUGGAGCUCCUUUCGUCGGCCCAGCUCUGGGUCCCAUCAUGGGUGGCUUCAUCAACUCGUUCACGGACUGGCGCUGGUGCUUCUAUGUCCAGAUCAUUUGGGCUGCCGUCAUCCUCCUCUGCGUUCUGCUCACCCCGGAAACCUUUCAUCCGGUCCUCCUGAGCAGGAAAGCGGCCAAGCUCCGCAAAGAUACCGGCGACAACAGGUACUACUCGGCCUCCGAGAAAGCCCGGGCACAAAAGUCCCUCUCCGGAGCCCUUUUAGCGUCCCUCUACAUCCCAUUCAAGCUCCUGUUCCGGGACCCGAUGAUUGCCGUUCUCAGCACAUAUACUUCGCUGCUCCAGGCUGUCCUGUACAUGUGUUUCUCGGCCUUCGCUCUGGUCUUCGGCAACAACCACGGGUUCAAUCUCUGGCAGAUCGGCCUGACUUUCCUCGGUCUGGCGGUAGGAAACGUGGUGGCUUGCUUUUGCAACCCGCUCUGGCACAAGCAGUGGAUACGGUCGAUCGCGAAAGAGAAGGCCAAGUAUGGAGCAGACUAUAAGCCUCAGCCUGAACUGAGACUCCCUCCUGCCAUUGUAGGAGGCCCCAUGCUGACAGCAGCACUAUUCUGGUUCGCCUGGACGACUUACGCGUCAGUACACUGGAUCGUGCCCAUCAUCGCGACGCUGUUCUUCAGCACUGCCUUCUUUUUCCUCUUUCAAGGUAUCUUCACCUUCCUGGCUGCUGCGUACCCCACGUAUGCCGCCAGUGCUAUGGCAGUGAACACUACUACCCGCUGUCUCCUCGCGGCGGCCUUUCCGCUUUUCACGAAUCAGAUGUAUAACAACCUCGGCUACCAAUGGGCUUCGGCCCUGGUUGCUUUCUUGACUUUGGUCAUGGCGCCAUGGCCGUUCAUCUUUUACAAGUUCGGGCCGACGUUGAGGGCGAAGAGCAAGUUCGCCCACUCUUAA